GGUCCUUGCUGUACCUUUAGCAGCCCCACCUUUAUUUACCCUUAAUCGCCCUUCGUGCAUACACCGACACCAACACAUGGAGUAUUGUCGUAUCAAAGUAUAUUCUAGAAAGAUCGUCAAACUCUAAGGCAAAACCAGCCAAUAGUCGAGUGCACUGCCAAUACCGAGAAAUACCGACCACGAUACCAUCAAUCGAUUCUUCCGCGCCCGAUUUGUUUCCCCCAGUACUCUGAUGGGCAUGUGUUCCGAUCUUGUUGGGCAAGCACGUAAUUGGUACCACAUCUCCAGUCAUCCUCUCCGUAUUUCCUCUUGUAGUCGCAUCGUCUCAUGCUACUGAUACGGAGUGCACAUGAAACUACCUAGCAAAAGCAUUCUAGCAUUCGAAGUCGCGAAAACACAACUCCAACUGUAACAUGUGAUGAGAACGUGGCAUGAAUCAAUUCAUUUUCCCGUUACCAUCCGGUACGCAACUCCAUAAACCCCAUAGCCUCAAUGUACGGGAUAUGGAUGCGGGACAGCGGAGGGGGAAAUCACGUUCCAGAAGCCGUGGUUCUGUCGUCGUACAUUAUCUUACCCCACGCGGGGAAUAUGGGUCCGUUAGAGCGUUAUAUGUCUAAUCUUAUUAUGUCUGGGUGUCGUGUGCAGGCUGAUUCCAUUAUAGUCAUGAUUUUCGUGAUCGGAGGAUAUGAACAUGGAAGAAGAUAUGACGGGGAAGAUCGGGACGGGUUCCCAAGCUUUCUUGAACGAUACUUUUGGGCUCCGAGGUUUUUGUAAAAUGGGGUUGAUCGUAGUUGCGCAUGUGAUAUAUGGAGAAAACAGAGGGGAGAGACGUAAGUUUGAGAUCAUACGAUGUGCUACUCUCACGUCUCUGCUGCAUUGCAUUCGUACUUGAAGCGCACGCCAUUUGGUGGUCUCGAGAAUUUGGAUUAACCUCAUUGAGACUAUUACUCGCAUCGACGCACAUGUCAAUUUCCGGGGGUGGAAGGGGGGGCACUGA